GCUCUCCAACCGGCGGCUCCGGCCGCGUCAUGCCCGCGCUGGCCCUGCGCGACCAGCCCCAGCCGCUCGACUGCUCCAUGCGCCUGCGCGAGCCUCCAGCCUGGCCUCCGCCGCGCGCCCGCACGCACGGUCAGUCCACACUCCUCGGGGACGCAUCCCGCGACCUCACCAGCGCCAUCCCCCGACACCCGCGACACACGGGACACUCGCGACACGAAUCCUGUCAUACAGCGAACCCUUCCGAUCCGUACUCGCUAUAAAAUGACGACGAAACUUAUUUAUGUGUCGUCGCAACUGUCGGUGGAGGCCUAACCUGUGCGUUGUGUUCGGUGUUAAUAGAAAUAUUUUUUUAUUUUGCAAUGCCUCCUUCUCCUACGAUCCGACUGUUAUAUUAGUUUGAGUUUUAUUUUAUUUUCUUCUACUUCCAACAAUGUCGGGGCGCGGUGACGUCAGCGGCUUCUUCAACACACAAAUGAUGCUCGACCUUAACGAAGAAUCUGGCGACCUCAUUAAAUCUCCAUCGCCGCCACCGAGCCACGAUGGGUCCGCGAGCGGGGAAGGCGAGGGCGAGGGCGAGGGUAGCGGAGACGAGAGCGUCCCAGCUGGCGGAGGAGCCCGCGCCCCGCACGCUCCUUCCUCCGCCGCCUCCGCUGCCUCUGCCGCCACGGCGGCCGUGCUGGUGAGUCUGCUUCGAGACCACCACUACCACCUCUCCCCGAGUGCCGCUGGUGCCGGCAAUGCUCUAGCCCAACUGCAACAUUUGUUGCUUACACAGCAUGGUGCUCAUUCUCUACUUUUACAUACGCAAGUGCAGCAGGCCGUUGCCCAGGCAGCAGCACAACAGCUUCAGCAACUUCAAGCCAGAGCCAACGCUGGAGCACCAACUGUUGACACUCGUUCUCCGUCUCCGCGCGGCUCUCCUCCUGGCGCAGCCGCCUUCUUGACUCCGCUCACGCCAGGUCCGGGACGGGCACGCUCCCCCCAUGCGCAUCACGCGCACGCACAUGCGCACGCGCACUCGCUGCAUGCGCACUCGCCAGUUGCGCACGCUCAGUCCCAGGCAGGACACUCGCCGCUGCACGCACACGCGCACAAACCUCGCGCGCUCGACCCAGCCGACGACACAGCCGACCUGGAAGAGCUCGAACACUUCGCCAAAACAUUCAAACAACGAAGAAUUAAACUCGGUUUCACUCAGGGCGAUGUGGGGCUCGCCAUGGGCAAAUUGUACGGAAAUGAUUUCUCCCAGACGACAAUAUCGCGCUUCGAAGCGUUGAAUCUUAGUUUCAAGAACAUGUGCAAACUGAAGCCACUACUACAGAAGUGGUUGGAGGACGCGGACUCCUCGCUGAGCGGCAGCGGUGGCGGAGCGUCUCUAGGCGCCGGCCUGGCUGAGGCUGUGGGGAGACGCCGCAAGAAGCGCACGUCCAUAGAAUCAGGAGUCAGGGUAGCACUCGAGAAGGCUUUUCUCCACAACCCGAAACCGACCAGCGAGGAAAUAUCGGCGUUAGCCGACAGUCUCUGUAUGGAGAAGGAAGUAGUACGCGUUUGGUUUUGCAAUCGCAGACAGAAGGAGAAGCGUAUAAAUCCACCCGCAGGCGAGGCGGGCGGAGCGUCAUCUCCGGGUGGCGGUGGGUCGUUGCUGCCCCUGUCUCACCCCCUAGCACAUGCUUUGCCUGCGCAUGCUCACGGACACGCCCACGGACAUGGUCUGCAGCACGCGCACGCACACCCCGCUGCCGCAGCGCACGCCGCCCUGCAGGCUGCGGCGCUGCAGCCGCUGGCUCUCCUCGCGCGCCCCCCACGCGACUGACCGACACAUAUCCUGUAAAUACGCCGCUCUGUACAGACUCACGCGUGUACAUAUAAAUAUUUAGUUCUCCGCGACGUUGCGCGACGAAUCGUGGCCCACCUUCGACCGCGGCAAAUCCUUCUGGGAGUUCGACUUCAUGAUUUUUAGAGAUGAGACGUUAGGAUAUUUUGGUCUAUAUAAACUUGAAACUGAGACCUGAGGGUGUCUGUCGAUGAAGUAUAUGUAAGAAACAGUUAGGAAUAUGAUCGCUGUACGAUUGAAUCAAAGGAAACCUCCUGAGGUCGGCCUCCUGGAAGCCUCGUCGGAGCCAUGACCUGAGCGCAACGCGACUAGCUCGUAAGGGGAUAGCUUAGCACUUUAGAUAUAAGUUUAUAAUGUAAUAAUGUGAAUUUUAUUUAUGUUAGGCGUUCCUCGCCGUGUACAGAACCCAUAUCACUUAGCGCAUGACGCGUAUGUAAGGUGGAUGUGUAGAAAACUAUCUGUUAUAAUUAAACAUGAUAGAUGAAA